AUGAUAACAGAAUUUCUGGAACGUCUCGAAGAUCCCGAACGAUAUCUUCUUGGUCCUAACAUGUGGGUUAUGACGUGGAUGGGAUUAAUACUUCCAGAAAAUAUAUUUUUUAAAGUGGCUUAUAUUUUUGUACACGAAUUAGUAACAUUUUUCGUGAUUAGCCAAUACAUGGAGAUUUAUGUAGUAAGAUCUGACUUAGAUCAAGUUAUUGAAAAUGUUAAGGUGUCGUUAUUGAGCAUUAUCGGUGUGAUAAAAUCAAACGCUUUCCUGUUUGGGCAGAAUAGAUGGAAAAAGGUUCUGGAGUACGUUACUGAAGCUGACGAAUACGAAAGAGUACACAAAGACAAAAUUAGAGGCGAAAUUAUUGACAGGUACACGAAAUAUUGCCGACGUGUUACUUACUUCUUCUGGGUUUUACUAUUCGUAACUUUCGUAACAGUAAUUUCUACGCCUCUUCUGACAUUUUUAUCGUCACGAAACUUCCGAGAAGGUUUCCACAAUGGCUCUGAACCAUUUCCCCACAUUUAUAGUUCGUGGAUGCCCUUUAACAAAAAUCGUUCUCCUGGUUCCUGGAUAACAGUUAUGUGGCACACUUUUAUGUGUGCAUAUGGCUGCACACUUAUGGCAGCGUAUGAUACAAGUGUAAUCGUCAUUAUGAGUUUCUUUGGAGGAAAAUUGGACCUGUUGAGGGAACGAGCUAAGCUCAUGCUCGGUAGUCCAGGAAAUGGAAUCAGUGAUGAUGAGGCCGAUGCAUCGAUGCAAUAUUUACACCAUGAUCAUAUCCUUCUACUGAAGCAGUCAAGAUUAUUCAAUUCUCUACUGUCGCCGGUAAUGUUUUUGUACGUGACCUUGUGUUCACUGAAUCUUUGUGCUGUCGCGUUUCAACUUACUUCGGCAACAAGCUCAACCCAAAAGCUGUUCUUGGCUGUGUAUUUACUAUUCGGAAUUGCACAACUUUUUAUAUAUUGCUGGCAAAGUAACGAUGUUCUAGUCAAAAGCGAACAGUUAAUGCUCGGGCCCUAUGAAAGUGAAUGGUGGGCCGCUAACGCGAAACAAAGGAAACGUGUACUAAUAUUGGCUGGACAAUUUCGGAUCAAACAUGUUUUCACCGCUGGGCCGUUUACUUCUCUCACCCUGUCCACGUUUAUCACAAUUUUGAAAGGAGCGUACAGCUACUAUACACUGUUGAGAAAAUAAGAAACAAUUGACAUUCUUCAGUAGUAUUAAUUACCUAAGUCUAUAAGCAUUAAAAAACAAUUAAUCAGUGUUAUCAAAUUUUGUGUGAAAAACAUUUUAUUAAAUUUGACCAACUU